AUGUUUCGAAAAACGCAGGCCUCGCUAUUUUUGACGUUAAAGGAGGGCCCGGCGGCGGCCUCGCGGUGUUUCCACGCACUUUCCUUCUCGUUGGAGCAGAUUCAAUCGGUGGAUUGGCGGAGCGUUCGCUCCGUGUGUAGCGGUGGUGGUGGCGCCUCGGUGUGCGCUUGGGUGCGUGAUUUGGAUAUCGGAAGCAACGCCCUCGAGGGGGUGGCGCUUUCGGAUCUGAUCACCACCUUCUCCUCUCUCCGGCGGAUCAACCUCUCCGAUAAUCGCAUCACAACGCUCGACCAUGGGAGGCAAUCGGGCCGGCUCUCCUCAGCAUCGCUUUCCAUCCGAAACGUGGCGAGCGCGCAGCAAAACGCGAUCGCGGAGCGUACCAUGCUGUCCAAUCUUAACAUUGCUGCGAAUUCUCUAAAGGAUCUUGAGGCGGUGCGGCGGUACCUCUCGCACUCCAUCACGCGACUGUGCGCGUACGCCAAUCAGCUCACCUCGGUCGAACCACUUCGCUCCUGUUUACGGCUAACGAAGCUCGAAUUGAAUAGAAAUGCUCUUUCGGAUAUCGAGCCACUUGAGUCGUUAAUUCUCUUGCAAGAGCUCAAUCUGUGCGAUAACCACCUCACCCGAAUUGAUGGCCUUUCAAAGGGGUGCUGGCCGCUAUUAGAAAAGCUUUACCUCUCAAACAACACCCUUACCAGCCUACUCCCACCCCAGGCAGAAAACACCGAGGCGAUAGACGACAACCACUGCUUAUUUCUCUCGCAGUUGUUCGUGAACUCCAACCAGUUUGCGGCUUUUUCGGAGAACGAGUUGCCGUGGAUGCCGAUGCUUUCUGUGCUCCAGGCGGAGGGCAAUCAGAUUCGGGAUAUCUCCGGCCUGAUACGCUGCCCUCGCCUUACGCUUGUCAAGCUAUCGUUUAAUCAGCUCGAGGGCUUCACGAGCCUACAGCACUUGUGCGUGUGCAGGUGGUUAACGAAUAUCGACAUCCGAGCCAAUCCCUUGAUGGAAUCCUUGGCGUUAGCACUAGGCGAGUCUCCCGAGGCAAGCGGCCUCGAUGCCGAUAACAAGCCGGUGUUGGAUGAGAGCUUGGCUAGAGCGCUCUUUCGGAAGGCGUUUCCACGUCUGAAUGAGUUCAACAAUGAAUCAGGGCCCUCUUCUUCCUCAGAUCCUUCCUACAACCCCCAGCCGCCGCUCGUAGCGCCUGCAAACAACAGCGUCGACUCCUCAUCCAUGAUGCAGGCGCUGGCGGCGGAUGCGUUUAUCAUCGAGUUGCGCGCUCGACGUGAGGCAUUGUUUGUGGCGCAUCGUCGCCGGUUUCAUCGCGCCACCUCGCUCGAAAAGCAGGUCUAUGAAGAAACCAAAAAAUUCUGCCCAGCGCGCAUCCCCACGACGGACUCCUCCUCGCUCACUGUGGAGGACGAACAGCAGUUGGAAACGUUCGAGUUCCUGCAAGAGGCCUUGAGUGCUUGGAUCGAGAGCGUGGACGCCACUUUCGACGGCGAUUACGACCGUUUGCUCCGUCAGAUUUCGCAGGCUUCUUUGGCGAGGGCGGCGGAGCUGCGCGAAUUGCGGGCGCGGGGUUGUUUAACUCGCUGGCUGCUUCGCGUAGCUCUCCGUCGGCGCGCUGAGCGGGAACUUCAACGGCGAAAAGACGCCAAGGCGGCGAAGCAGCGCGAGGUGGAGGAAAAGCAGCGCGAGGUGGAGAGGAAGCGGCGCGAGGCGGCCGUGCGGCUGAUUCAGCCGAUCUGGCGAGGCGCCGCGCUACGUGCUCGUCUGAAGCGCAUCCUACACGCUCGUCAGCACGAAUUGGAGGAUGACGGGGCGCAAUUCAAGAAGGUGGAGAUCCCAAUCCUUCCUGAUGAGUUCGAUGUGCCAUCGGAGGGUUUCGGUGAGAUCAUCCGGCGUGUGGUUCGCGAUGACGUUCACUUCCUGCCGCGGUUUGAUCUGGAUUCGUCAAGUCUGGCGAAGCUACGGACGGAGGGGAAGUCUGCACCGGGAAGCGCCAAUCCUCGCGCGCGCAAGGAUUCGAAUCCUUGUGAUUCAGAGAAUCCUAGCGGUGAAUCGGUGAGGCCGCACACAACCGGUGCUUCUCAAGAUCAAGAAGUGGUAGUCCCGCAGUGGGAGGCUUCGGUAGCCUUGCAAAUUCAAAAGAGGCGAAAAAAAAUGGAGCGCGCGCGUCAGCAACAAGCUAAUGAAGAAUUCAUGCGAGAUCCUCUCAAAUUCAAGCAUAAAAUGAACCAGAAUGCCAUGAAAGAGCAUUAA